AUGGGAGCCCUGUCGCUGCGCCCGGGAUUCGACGAGCGGACGGUGGGGCGGCUCAUGCGCGGCCUGACCUGCCGCGUGUUGUGCCCUGUGCGCGCACGCGCUGGGGAGGAGAGCCGCCAUCGCACCGCUGUCAUGCGCAAGCUGGGCUUUGUGGACGACAGCGGGGUCGUCCUGCUCAAGGGCCGCGCAGCAGCCUGCAUUGACACCACAGACGAGCUGCUUACAGCAGCCCCAUGA